AUGGCAUAUCGACGGUAUGAUAAAUUGAAACCGUACGGGCUGUGUAUCAACGGAGCUAUCGAUGGAUUUUCUCGUUUCAUAAUAUGGCUUGAGGUGCACAAAACAAACAGCGAUCCUAAGAUAAUUGCUGGUUAUUUUAUGAAUGCUGUGAAACAUUUGCAAGGCUGUCCAACGCGUGCUAGGUCAGAUUAUGGCACCGAGAAUGUUUACAUUCGACAGAUGGUCAUUUUUCUUAGGGGUCAGAGAGACGAACAGUUAACAAACAGCUGUUUUUUACAAGGAUCAAGUAACCAUAAUCAAAGAAUUGAGCGUUGGUGGGGUAUACUUCGAAAUGAAAAUGUUCAGUACUGGAUAGAUUUUUUCACAAUGCUGAAAAGUACUGGUGAUUUCAACGGAAGCUUUUUUGAUAAGGCUGUUCUGCAGUUUUGUUUCAUGGACUUAAUUCAGGAAGAACUUAACUCUAUAGUUAAACUGUGGAAUAACCAUCGUAUAAGACCAUCAAGCAAUCCAAACCAACCAUACGGAAGACCAUUUUUGAUGUAUCAUUGUCCUGGUAUGUUCGGCUGUCAGGAUUACCUUUGUCGUACAUCUGAAGCACAGGUGAACUUGUGUCUUGAGGAAAGUAUUCAAAAGGGAAAUGUUACAUGUGACGAAACGGUGUUUGAACUGUGUACCAUCAUCAUGUCGGACCAUAAUAUGAUGCCUGCCAAAACAGCAGACGAUGCUGCACUGCUUUACCAAUUUCUCCGACGGGAAAUAUUAAAUGAACUUCACCAGGAUUAA